AUCACCGCCGCCACCACCCCUCCCGCCCUGUUCUCUUUCUGGUCGGGCCGGUCGGUUCCGCGAGCGCCUGGCAGAGACUGAGAGGGAGAGAGAGAGAUUGAAAGAGGAGGGAGGAGGAGGAUUCAGGGAGUAGGAGCUGGGGAGCCCUUCUGCGCCACAGAAUAUUUUUGAAGCAUUGGUGAAGGAAGACUCUGUGAAUGAAGAAGACUGUUUUAAAAGGAAAAUGAUCAAUGGCUGGCUGUGGCACUGUUAUACUGUAUUGCUCAGUUUCCCCGCCUGGGGCUGUAUAAUUUUGCAUUUCCACGGGAGUUCCUGUUUCACCACGGCCUUGCCAGCAAUAUACUGUGAAACUUCUCCAUUUUUUUGAUAGGUAUUUGCUGUUUUUCCAGCAGCAUAAUUGAAGGAGUACUCUGCUGAUCUUUAUUUCUCGAUUCUUCUUUACGUCCUGUUUGCCACCCAAGACUCUUGUAUUUGGAGAACUCUGUUGUGCUGAUCCUUCAAUCACCUUUGACCCACAACUAGAGCAUGCAUAUUCAAGUGUCAGUUAGAUUUGUGGAUCAGUAAAGUUCUUCUAAAAAGGUAAUCACUUUUGCUGACCCUGUCCAGUACUCACAAUGUAUCACUCCUUGUCCGAAACCAGACAUCCCCUGCAGCCAGAAGAACAAGAAGUGGGUAUUGACCCCUUGUCCAGUUACUCGAACAAGACAGGAGGAGACUCAAAUAAAAAUGGAAGAAGACCAAGUUCUACAUUAGAUUCUGAUGGGACUUUUAACUCUUAUAGGAAAGAAUGGGAAGACCUAUUUGUAAACAACAAUUACUUGGCAACAAUAAGGCAGAAGGGGAUUAAUGGGCAGCUGAGAAGCAGCAGGUUCCGCAGCAUUUGCUGGAAGCUAUUUCUUUGUGUUCUUCCUCAAGAUAAAAGUCAGUGGAUAAGUAAAAGUAAAGAACUAAGAGCAUGGUAUAGCAACAUCAAAGAAAUACACAUCACAAACCCAAGGAAGGUCGUGGGCCAGCAGGACUUGAUGAUCAAUAAUCCCCUUUCCCAGGAUGAAGGGAGUCUUUGGAACAAAUUUUUCCAAGAUAAAGAACUUCGAUCAAUGAUUGAUCAGGAUGUCACAAGAACGUUUCCUGAAAUGCAGUUUUUCCAACAAGAAAAUGUGAGAAAAAUUCUUACAGAUGUUCUUUUCUGUUAUGCUAGAGAAAACGAGCAGUUGCUUUAUAAACAGGGCAUGCACGAGCUGUUAGCGCCCAUCGUCUUUAUUCUCCACUGUGACCACCAAGCUUUUCUCCAUGCCAGUGAGUCUGCACAACCAAGUGAGGAAAUGAAAACUCUCUUGAACCCCGAGUAUCUGGAACAUGAUGCCUAUGCGAUGUUCUCACAGCUCAUGGAAACUGCUGAACCUUGGUUUUCUACUUUCGAGCAUGAUAAUCAAAAGGGGAAGGAAACAUUGAUGGCUCCCAUCCCCUUUGCUAGACCACAGGACUUAGGGCCAACAGUUGCUAUUGUUACCAAAGUCAACCAGAUCCAAGAUCAUCUACUGAAGAAGCAUGAUAUUGAGCUUUACAUGCACUUGAACAGACUAGAAAUCGCACCACAGAUAUAUGGGUUACGGUGGAUACGGCUGCUGUUUGGGCGAGAGUUCCCCCUACAGGAUCUGCUGGUGGUCUGGGACGCCUUGUUUGCAGACGGCCUCGGCCUGGGCUUAGUCGAUUAUAUCUUCAUAGCCAUGUUGCUCUACAUCCGAGAUGCUUUGAUCUCUAGUAACUACCAAACCUGUCUCGGCCUUUUGAUGCAUUACCCACGAAUUGGGGAUGUCCACUCACUGAUCCUUAAGGCUCUGUUCCUUCGAGAUCCAAAGAAAAAUCCAAGACCAGUGACUUAUCAGUUCCAUCCAAAUUUGGAUUAUUACAAAGCAAGGGGAGCAGACCUCAUGGACAAGAGCCGGACCAAUGCCAAAGGCACUCCCCUGAAUAUAAAUAAAGUCUCUAAUAGCCUGAUUAAUUUUGGAAGGAAGUUGAUUUCUCCAGCAAUGGCCCCAGGCAGUACCGGUGGCCCUGUAUCCGGAGGCAGCUCCUCCAUGGCUGUGGCUCCCACCAGGACCUUACCAACCUUAGCAGAGGCCCCCAGACAUCAUUUGCAGCAGCAGCAGCAACAGCAGCAGCAGCAGCAGCAGCAGCAGCAGCAGCAGCAGAGACUCCUGAAAUCAGAAAGCAUGCCAGUGCAACUGAACAAAGGACAAAGUUCUAAAAACAUCAGUUCAUCUCCAAGCAUUGAGAGUCUGCCUGCAGGCAGAGAAACCACUGGCUCCCCGCCGCUGUCUGCUGCUAAAAAGGAUUCCUUCUUCAGCACCAUCUCGCGCUCCCGCUCACACAGCAGAACCGUGGGCAGGAAAGAAUCGGAAGAAGAUUUAGAAGCCCAAAUUUCUUUCCUUCAAGGACAGCUGAACGACCUGGAUGCCAUGUGCAAGUACUGUGCAAAGGUGAUGGACACGCAUCUCGUAAACAUUCAAGAUGUGAUAUUACAAGAAAAUUUGGAAAAAGAAGAUCAAAUUCUGGUUUCCCUGGCAGGGUUGAAACAGAUCAAAGACAUUCUAAAAGGCUCCCUGCGUUUCAACCAGAGCCAGCUGGAAGCCGAGGAGAACGAGCAGAUCACCAUCUCCGAUGACCACUACUGCUCCAGCGGCCAGGGCCAGGACCAGGGCCAGGACCAGGGCCAGGGCCAGGGCCAGGGCCAAGGCCAAGGCCAGGGCCAAGGCCAGGGCCAGGGCCAGGGCCGGGAUGGCCAGAUGCCUGGGGCCACCACGCAGGCCUCAUCAGAAGCACCAGGGCACGCAGACAGAGGGAGCGCAGACGACUUCAUCCUGGUUUCCAAAGAAGAUGAGGGAGGCGGCGCCAGGGCAUCCUUCUCCAGCCAGGCCCAGCCUCUUCGCACGCUCAGAAGCAUGUCUGGGAAAGGUGAGGCCCUGGCCUGCUCCCCACUGGUUUUCUCUGACCCCCUGAUGGGCCCAGCCUCCGCGUCCUCCAGCAACCCCAGCUCCAGCCCCGAUGAUGACAGCAGUAGCAACAGUAAGGACUCCGGCUUCACCAUCGUGAGCCACCUGGACAUCUGACCACAGUGUCCAGGACGCCCACCCCCCAGCAGCCUCUGCGCCCCACUGAGGCUCCCCGCAGUGGAGACCCCUCUGAAACCAGCGCUGCUUUCCCAGCAUGCACGUGGCACCAGAAGGGCCCACAGAACCCUUUAGAGAAAAGCAGACGGCCACCAGGCGCACAGACUGCUGGUCACCGAAGUGCAGACAGGCUUUCCGGCCCCCCCCUAACCUGCCGCACCCUCACUCCGAGGUGCCCAGGACCACGCCUCCAGGAAAGCCGAACCCCCGUUCCAGCGACUUGUCCUCUGUCCUCUGCUCCCCAGCUGGGAAGGUGUGGCAGCACCAGCAGUGUUACCUAGGAGAAGAAAGAAGAGUUGGCUUCAGAUCUUCCUCCUCAGAGCAUCAGGCACAGGGACACUGAUCUCCAGAACACUCUCUGGAGAUCUGAGUGCCAUCCCGUGUCAUUUCUCCCUUGGGAAGUCGCAGGGCAAAGCCACAUGCCGUGGAAAGGACCGGUGGGUUCAGGGCUGGGAACAAACCAUUCAUUACUGACCUCCCAUAAAGUUACAUGAUCCUCUGACGCGGCUCUGCACUUAGGGCUCAUUCGGGUGUGAUGGGGUUGAGACUCCUCAUUCGUAUUUAUAAAUACAUUUCCAAGCCUCUGGCCAGAUCACUCUGCUUAUCACUGCCCCCCUUAAACAAUCACAUUUCACCUUUUAGCAUCUCGCACGCCGGAGAACAAGGUCCCUUUAAGCAGACCUUGCUUGCCCUGGGGAGCCUGGUUCUUUGGGCUUCUCCUGUGUGGACAGCGAGGCCUCUGGGCAGUGACACAGGCACUAAACAGCUGCCUGUGGGAGGGCGGGCGCUGUCGCAUCCCUGCCACCGCUCACUGUGACUUCUCUGCAGACAAAAGUGGUGUCCGGCCUCCCACUUCUCCAAGAAAAUGGUGAGGACUCGAGAGAGGAUUCUGGUCAGCUCUGCAGUUCGUUCUUAAAACUCCAGCGAGGAAAUCCCCCAACACACGAGCUUGUGGGAUGAGGACAGUCCCGUGCAUGUGGAGGUGUGCACAUUAGCUCCAGCUCCUGGCGCUGAGUGGUGGGCCACAUGUAUGUCCCAUCAAUGGUACUUCAUAAGCUCCCAAGGUCCCCGGAGUGAGUGGCCUUGCAGCUGCACAGUUGUCAUUAUUUUCUCUCAAAAGCUUGGGAAGGUGCCAGUGUCUUCAGUUCUGGAAGUGGGGAGGUGUCCUCGCGGGGCUGCAGGACAGACCGGGCAGGGCCAUGGAGCUGGCUGUCUCCUGGCGGCUGAGACACCGUCGUCUGCUCGCUUUCAGCAUCGCUUUGCCCUGAGAGCUGGAGUCAGGGCAGCAGAGUGUCCCUGGCCCCACGGUGGCCACCAGACACCUGCCACACCGACACGCUCUGGACUCCUUCCCCACCUAAGGGUCACUGCGACCUCCCAGCCCUGCCCACACUCCGGGGUAGGUCCUCCGUUCUGUGCUUCCGAGUUGGUGCCACCUGGAACCAGUGGGUCACUCAGAGGUGUUGCUUCUGUGGCCCCCACAUGCUGCCCACCCCUCCGAGGGGAGACACCCACGGCGGGUGGGUGCAGACACAGCGCCCUCAAUCCCCAUGUUUGUGGGGUGCGAGAAUGGAACCACUGUCUCACCUAAGUGAGUGACGUGUUUUUAUUUUUUAUAAUAGAGCAUUGUUUGCAUUUUUAUUAGUUACAGUGCUAUUAAAGAAUUUAUGUUGCUUUUUAUUACUCUAUCGGGUACUUAUGUUUAAUGGCACAUUUUUUAAAUGCUGAAUAUUUGAAACCUUUUCGUUUUUCUUCAAAAAUGUGGUAAUCAUUGGAACCUCUUGUGCUUUGAUUAUUAGCAGGUAAAGUUUAUAUAUAUAAAGCUUAGGUUAAUUUUCAUUAUCUCCUCCUUUUAUACUUAUCCCUGUGUUCAUGCAUUCCUCUCCGAUCAGUUUGGAAGUUUGAGUUGUAUGUGUACAUUACAUAUGAGAGAUACAGAUUAGAGAAAAAAUCAUUAUGACUCUGCCUUACCUUGCGUGUAUGCCAAGGGGCCAUAUAAAACUUGAAAACAUUUCAUUACAUGGGUAACUCUUCCACAGAUGACCUCCUGCUAACGUUCACUGCUAACUGCAGUCCGUUAAGAAAAACUGUCACUUUGGAGUGAAUGUGACUAACAGUAAACCAGGACCUCCGUCAUUUGCCUGCCCUGCAUAUGACUGAGCUGAUUCUUGUCAUCCUUCCUUCGAGGGUUUGAUUGUUCGCCAUUACCAAGGACGAGAUGGCAAAUGAUUAGAAAAUUCUGUGACAGUUCUGGUGUCUCCUAAUGACAACCUGCCACAGCUGACCCAAACUUAUUCUUUUUAUUUCUAUUUUACUGUUUCUUUAAGAAGCUGCCCCCAGGGGUCAUUACCGAACCAGAGUGGAUGGAGGACUUCCUCCUGCCACUGGGGGCGGCUGUCCUGUGGAGCCCACCACGAGGACCCACCACCCCUGCUCCCCCGCAGAUGUGCCCCCGGCCCAGCCCCUGUGUGCAGAGCAGGGCCCGGUGAGGCCGUGGGGCGGGAGAGGCCGGGAGGAGUUGAGGGCAGAAACUAGCACCCAAGGCUUCCUUGUCUCAGGCCAAAACCGCUUCCUCGGCGCUCCCUUCAGAGGCUCUCCUUUCAUAGUGUUAAACACACACAGAGUUCCUAUACGCGGGCUUGAGACCACUUUGAUGUAAAAGUUGCCAUAAUAAUUUUUCUCACAAUGGCGCAAUUCACUUGAUUUAUGGAAUACUCGUCUUGCCAUUUAUAUCUAUCGCUUUUUUCUCAUUCAUCUUGAUGCUGUAACUCAUAUUGAUUUAAGAACUGACUUUCCUCUUGGCAAAGCGAUCCCAUUCAGUACGAUUAUAAUAAAAGACUAAUGUGAAAC